CACCGGUUCGGUUCUCACAAACGCUCCAAAGCGCUUCCCAGCUCCUCCUGGGGCAGCAUAAAGUCAAAUACUCGGAGCUGUAAACGGGCAGUGAUUCUGAGAUCUGAGAAAUGGAUGAGGGCAUUUUUCAAGCUUAUGAAAAGGAAAUCCAGGCACUGGAAGAGGAAAUUAGGCUGCUGACAGAGCAGUAUGAAGAUAUGAGACAAGAAUCCACCUUCUUUUCUGAUGAGGAGAUACUGAAGGCAAUGAAAUCACUCCAAGGAGAAACUGAGGGAGAAACCAAGGAACAUGAAUCUCUAUCAGACCUGAAAGCUCAGCUUGAAAGUCUAGAAAGAGAUCUCUCAUUUUUAAUGGAAUUUACUGGGAUUCAUUUCACAAGUCAUUCCAAGAAAACAGUGGAAAAGACUCCAAACAAGACAGUGCGGAAGCACAGAUUAGCAGGGAGGUGUCACUCCCUACCUUUUCAACUGGAAUUCCAGCUUCUUGAAAUGCAGAAGGAUGAGAAAGUGUCUGCUGUGGUUAGUAAUCUCAGCAUUACAGUGGACUCCAGAGAAGAUUCAAAUGUGAGCAAGUUUGUGUCACGCACUGAAGAAUGUGGAGAUAUUAUAACAUUUUUCAGGAGCCUUUCAACCUAUGCUGAGUGGCAUGAGCAUCGUAGACACACCUUCCUGCAUUUCAAGGCCAAGUAUCCGGACAUCGUGACCCUUCCAGAAGGACUGCUGGGAGAUUUUAUCAUUCUAAGGAACCCCAAAGUUCCUGGGUUUGAAUUGAUGAUUGUCUGGAAGAUCCAUCUUGAUGAAGAGGGGACCACUACACCUGUCCUGGACCUGCUGCCCAAAGUACCAGAGCAAGUGCUGGAGCAGAGGAUGAGGAGGGUGGAGAGCAUCCCCGGCAGCUUCCGCAGCGCGCUCCGGCUCUUCGGCAUCGAGGCGACCCUCGAGAACCUGAUCCACGUGCUGGGCUCAGCACAGUGA